AUCAUCUCCAUGCUAUAAAUAUUGGAGUGCAGCCUUCUUUCCUUCACAUUGUUGGAUAGGCAAAAAUCGUGUGAUAGAAAUUAUCAUACACUAAUUUCCCUAUAGGAUGUUCCCACAUGUUGGCUCGCAAUCUCUUUUCCUCUAUCCUUGCAAGUGGGAUGGGGAGAAGGAUAAAAUGCUACUCGGCUCUUUAAUUGAGAAGAUUGAAGAAUGUAGGCCAACACCACCCCACUUAUCGCCACAUGCGCUCAUCGAAGCGAUGUUGAAGCUAAACACACAAAUGGGAGCGGACGUUUCGUUGAGUGAAGUCGAGGGACGAGUUGCCUUUCUACAUGAUCGUUACGUAUGCUUCAAAUGGUUGUGUAAGGUGAAGGAGACGCACUACGAUCAUCGAACCAAUUUUGUUCACGCCGUUGACGAAGUGUGGCAACGAUUGUUUAAGGAAAACCCCUUGGCUCGAGCUUAUUAUCAUGAAGGUGAGCCGGCGUUCUUACUACUAUGCAAUUUGUUUGGGAUUCAUGAUAUGAAGAAUGAGAAUUCCCAUACAUUAAUCAUCAUCGAGGACUCCACAACCGUCGACAAGCAUGACAACUCUAGCGACGACGAGGUCACUUCGCCGGUGCCCAAACCCGUGGCGAGAAAGCUUUUCGUUGAGGAUGCUAGUUCAAGUGUAUCACCGUCCAUUCCAAAUCCAUUUAAGAUCAACCGUGGUACUCCGUGGAUGAAACUAAAAAAUAAAUUCAAACGGCGAGAAAAUCAACCCACCAAAAGAAACGAGGAUGGAAGUUCUUGCGCCUCAUCUUCUCCGUUCAAGUAGCGCGUGCUCGAAGAUAUUUAUGUGUUAGCAACUUUAUUUUUUUCGUGUUUUUUUUGCAAG